GUUGUUGUUGAUUCAUCUGAAGUGACAGUUAUUUAUUUUGAUUUGCAUUUCUUUUGAAAAACUCGCUGAUUUUUCCUAUUUAUUCAUUGUUAUUAAAUCUAAAGUACUUAAUUUGUCUGUUAAACAGUAUAUCACAUGUACUUCUCAUAUAUUUCUCCAGUAUUAAUGCUAAGAUUAAGAGUUUUCAAUUGAAAACAAACAGUGUGCCUUCGUUGAGAUUUCGCAAUCCGAGAAUAAAAAUAGAUUUUCUCCUCAAAGAUCGCGAUUAAUCCAGAAUUUUCUAUUCUCCGCUGUUAGUACAGUAUUUAGGAGGGACGACGUGCCAAUUUUCUCACAGUCUUACAAUUUUCUUCAAGUUGUAGAAACGAAAAAAUCCUCAGAAAAUGGAUGUAAUUGAUGAGGCUCUUAUGUGCAAAGAGAAGGGCAAUGAAGCAUUCAAGAGUGGUGAGUGGGAAAGGGCUAUUUCUCAGUAUACUCAGGCUAUUAAAAUUGGUGGAGAUGCUCAUAAGGAUUUGAGUAUUUUUUACAAAAAUCGAGCUGCCUGCUAUCUCAAGACCAAUGACUAUGGAAAAGCCGAAAAGGAUUGUCAGGUAUCGCUGGAGUUGAGUCCCAAUGAUCCAAAAGCUUUGUUCCGGAAGGCACAGGCAUUGGAGGGAUUGGAGAAAUUUGAGGAGGCAUACAAGAGUGCUCGAGAUGCUUGGAAUGCAGAUCCCAACAAUAGAGCUCUGCAGCAGAUGCUCGAACGAUUGCAUGGGAUUGUUCAGGAGAGAGUAACUCAGCACAAUCUCACCUCCAACAAGGUCAGUCAGAUGGUUCAGUUGGCUUUUGACUUUGCCCAACCCGUAGACAAACGCAUUACAGCCAUGAAUAAUAUUCAUGUGCUGGCCAGAGAAGCCGUAGCUGCAGAUAUUUUGUUCAAAGAUGGGAUUUUUGGGAGGAUUCAGAGAUUGCUGAAGGUGGAGAAAAAUCGGGAAAUUGUUCUCAGUGCAAUCCGGACAGUUGGAGAAGUUUGUCACAAAUCUGUUGAGAGAACCAAAGGUGUUCUCCAGGAAGUUGGUAUUCCGUGGUUCCUGGAGAUUAUCGAUAGCAAUGAAGAGGAUAGGGUGAAUGCUGCACAACAUUGCAUGCAGACAAUCCUGAAUUCUUUUUCAGGAUUGGAAAAUAAGGCUGAGAGUAAACCUGUGCAAGCACUGUGUGAUGCUCAUCAGAAGGAAAUUGAUACACUUCUGUCUUGCCUACUGUACUCAGUGACAAAUCCCACAAUUACCGGAUUAGCCAGGGAUGCAAUUGUGCAGCUGAUGACACGUAAUGUGCACUACACAGCCCUAUCAUGGGCUGAAAGGCUGGUAGAACUGAAGGGACUCUGGCGUUUGAUGGAUGUUUGCAGUGAACUGGAGGAAUACAAGUACGAAAGUGCUAUGAAUAUUACACCAUCUUCGAGGACAAUAGCGUCCGUUUGCCUGGCCAGAGUGUACGAGAAUAUGUACUACGAUGCCGCUAGGGAGAAAUUCCUUGCCCAGAUUGACGAAUAUGUCAAGGAUAAACUCCUGGCGCCGGAUUUGGAGUCAAAGGUGCGAGUAACAGUGGCUAUAACCUCACUUUUGCUAGGGCCCCUGGAUGUCGGCAAUACAGUGGUGUCCAAAGAGGGAAUUUUGCAAAUGAUCCUGGCUAUGGCUUCGAUGGAAGAGGAUCCGUUGCAGCAGAAAGUUGCCUGUGAGUGUCUAAUAGCGGCAGCGUCGAAGAAGGACAAGGCUAAAUCUAUUAUUAGUCAGGGAAUUGACAUUCUCAAGAAACUCUAUACGUCCAAGAACGAAGGGAUUAGGGUUCGCGCCCUCGUCGGACUGUGCAAAUUGGGCAGUUCAGGAGGUUUGGAUGCUUCCAUCAGACCCUUUGCCGAUGGUUCCACGAAGAAACUGGCUGAAGCAUGUCGGAGAUUCCUGGUAAAGCCAGGAAAGGAUAAAGAUAUCAGAAAAUGGGCUGCUGAGGGACUUUCCUACCUCACUCUGGAUGCUGAGGUGAAAGAAAAGCUCAUAGACGAUCGUCCGGCAAUUCAGGCAUUGAUUGAACUGACCAAGGAUGGAGAUCAGAGUGUACUGUAUGGAGUUGUGACGACAUUUGUUAAUCUCUGCAAUGCCUAUGAGAAUCAAGAAGUCCUGCCGGAAAUGGUAGAAUUGGCUAAAUUUGCCAAGCAUCACAUACCGGAGGAGCAUGAACUCGAUGAUCCGGAUUUUAUCAGCAAGAGAGUGAUUAUCCUGGGAAAUGAGGGAAUAACCACGGCUCUUGUGGCUCUGACCAAGACAGACAGUGAUAAUUCGAAGGAACUGAUUGCAAGGGUUUUCAAUGCUCUCUGUGGACAGCAGGAGAUCCGAGGGAAGGUUGUUCAGCAUGGAGGAGCUAAGGCACUCCUACCGCUGGCACUUCAGGGAACAGCCAAAGGCAAGAGACAAGCAGCUCAAGCUCUCUCACGCAUUGGCAUCUCGAUAAAUCCCGAAGUGGCUUUUCCCGGACAGAGAGCUCUGGAAGUCGUAAGGCCACUCCUCAAUCAGCUUCAUCCUGACUGUACGGCCCUGGAGAACUUUGAAGCUAUGCUGGCACUCUGCAAUCUGGCCUCACAGAGUGAAUCCGUCCGUCAGAGGAUUCUAAAAGAACAGGGAUUGUCUCGCAUUGAGAUGUACCUGAUGGAGGAUCAUCUGAUGCUGCAACGAGCAGCUGCUCAGUGCAUUUGCAAUCUCUGCAUGUCACCGGACGUGGUGAAAGCUCACGAGGGCAACAACGAUAAGAUCAAAUUCCUAACACUGCUCAGUGAAGAUGAGGACGAAGAGACAGCCGUAGCGGCUUCUGGAGCUCUGGCCAUUCUCACGUCUUCCAGUGAGAAAUGCUGCAGUAAGAUCUUCGAGGCUCAAGCUUGGCUGGAGGUGCUCCAUACGUGGAUUGCCAAUCCCAGUCCACAAGUUCAGCAUCGUGGUGUUGUGACAAUUCUCAAUAUGAUCAACAGUGGCAGGGAUACGGCCCAGAAAAUCUUCGAUACGGACAUCAUGGAACUCUUGAUGGGACUUUCGCAAUUGCCUGAUGACAGUCGGGCAAAGGCAAGGGAAGUGGCCAUGCAGUGCCUAAAAGCGGCCGAAAAGUACGAACUAAUUGCAAAAACGGACGAACCUGCUCCCAUUCCCGAUGUCUUCAGGGAGGAGGAAGAGCGACAGCGGCGGGAGCAGCAACUUGAGGAACAAUAAAUGGACAUUGUCUACGGUAUAUAUACUGUAACUUUUUUUUAGUAACAUAUUUUGCAAAAAAUCAAAAAAAUUGUCCCUUGAAUAAGCCCCGCCCGGUAAUAAAUUUAGGCCACGCCCAUUUACGAAGAUAU